AUGAAAAAGAAACAAGACGAGGACAGGGGAAAUAGCGAAUCUGAAAUGGCGAAAAUCGACGCGAAGUUAAAAUCCCUUAUCGAGGACAAUAAUAAAAUGGCGGCGGAAAUACAGGCGUUAAAAAUCAAUGUUGAAGAAACAUCAAAUUACAACGCUGUGAUAAGAAGUGUUCUCGACAUUAAACAAGGCGAAUGGAGAAAGAUCGAACGUAGUAAAUCUACCGAUAAAAAAAUUAACCGAGUCUGCUAAUAACAACAUAACUCAAAGUCAGAACAGAUUUGAAGCACUCAAUGACGAGAAUGAAGAGGAAGCAAGUGAUGGGAAUCAGAUAAACAGUGAUGUUAACUCACAAAUAUCUAACUACAGUGCUAAACAACAGGGGAAGAUCGUGAAAUCUCCGAAAGUGGCCAAGGAAAAGAUAAAGAUGGAUUCACCAGCAAAAGAAGAGGAAAGGACGCCAACCCACGAGUCAUCCAAGGAGAGCAUUGACUUGGUCAUUGGUGACUCCAUGGUCAAGAACAUUGACAAUAUGAAGCUGACAAGAGCAGCAAAGAAAAGAACCUUGUGCCAUUCAUACAGUGGGGCAACUGUCGACCAGAUUGCUGCGAAGUUUGAUGAACGUGUGAAAGAGGAGAGCAGUUAUGGAAGAGUCAUGAUCCAUGUCGGAACCAAUGAUCUCGCACGUUCCCAACCUGGCAAAGUUAUCAAAAAUAUGGAAGCCUUGAUAACGAAGGUGAAAACCAAAGCCAAAGAAGUUGCUGUAUCAGGCAUUAUAAAAGGUAUUACAACAAAGUUAAACCUAAUAAUAUCAAUUCAUACAACAAUUUAUUGCACAAAUUAUGCAUCAAGCAAAAAAUUGCAUACAUAGAUAACGAAUGCAUUGUCAAAUCUAUGCUAAACAGAUCUAACCUACAUUUAAAUAAGAAUGACGACAGAGCUUUGGGAAGUGCUUUCAGCACUUUUCUUAAACCGAAACAGAGUUUGAAUUCACCAAGUAGAAUUAACAAUGAAAAUUUUUUAUGGAAGGGUUAUGGACAUCUGAGAAAAGACUGGUCAAUGCACCACAAGCAUGCAAAACGAAUACUAAGAAAUUAGAUACUAAUAAUUUCUCAAACAAAGAUGUGAGUAGCAAUUUUUCAGCGACUCUUAAUUCCACUCCCAAUGAAAGAGGUUUUAAGAUGGCCUUUUUAAAUAUUGUUAGUUUACCCGGUAAAAUAGAUGAAAGUCGUCAUUCAAUGUGUAGCAAAAACAUUGAUUUAAUUGCAUUCAACGAGACACGACUAGACCUGAGUACUUCUGAUGGCCUCAUUCAUUUAGAUGGUUAUGAGGUUGUUAGAAAAGAUCGUUCCCACAAUGGAGGCGGAGUUUGUAUAUACCUUCGUAGCUCCAUCAACUAUAAAAUAAGGUCAGAUCUCGUUACCCCUGAAUUGGAGGCCGUUUGUUUAGAAAUUACUAAACCACAAAGUAAACCAUUUAUUGUCACUACAAUUUACAGACCGCCAAAUGCAACUGCUGAAUUUUUUGGCCAUUCGGAAAAACUUAUUAAACAAAUUGAUGAUGAGAAUAAAGAAAUGUACAUUUUAGGUGACCUAAAUUGCAAUUUGUUAGAGGGAAAAAAUCUUUUCAGUACGCCAGCAAAUGAACUAUAUUCAAUAUACGAAUUAUACCAACUAUCCCAGUUGAUAAAUGAACCAACUCGAGUUACCAUGAGGUCAUCUAGCCUUAUUGACCAUGCAGUUACGAAUACAGCUGAGAAAAUUUCACACUCUGGUGUUGUACACACUGGAAUAAGUGAUCACAGUUUAGUCUAUGCAAUCAGAAAAACUGGAGUUUUUCAUAAAGCUAAUGAUUGAAAUUGAAAUUAGAAAGAUGAAAAACUUCAAUGAAAAGAAUUUUAUGGAUGAGCUUCUUAAUCAACAUUGGGAAUACAUUUACUUUUUCGGUAAAAAUCCAAAUGCCAUGUGGGAAUUAUGGAAAGAACUAUUUCUACAAGUUCUGAACAAACAUGCUCCAUUACAACUCAAAAAAUCUAAGUCUAGUAAAGUGGCUUGGAUAACGAACAACAUUAAGGGUCUUAUAAAUACAAGAGACAAACUGAAAAGAAAAGCAAUUAUCACAGAGUUAGAGACUGAUUGGUCAAACUACAAAAAAGUUAGAAAUCAAGUCAACAUUGAACAAAGAAAUGCCAAAAAGAACUAUUAUUCUUCAAAACUUGCUGAUCAAAAAUGUAACCCAAAGAAAGCAUGGAAGUCAACUAAUAAUUUGCUUGGCAAACAAAACAAACUUUCAAAAGUAAAUGAACUCAAAUUAGGAGAGAAUGCUCUAAACAAUCCAAAAGAUAUUGCAGAGGGCUUUAACAGCUAUUUUUCAAACAUUGGCCCAGAUCUAGCGAGCCAAAUACACACAACAAAUUGCAAUUUUGAGUCGUAUAUCAAAAAGGCUAAAUCAGAAUUUGCUGCAUUCCAACCUACAAAUGUUAAUAAUGUCUACCAGUUGCUCAGUGCAUUAUCUAGCAACAAAGCAACUGGCAUUGACAAAAUAUCGUGUAAAAUUAUUAAAAUAGCUGCACCUGCCAUUGCAGAUUCACUUACAUAUAUUUUUAAUCAAGCUAUUACUUUAUCCUCCUUUCCGGAUGACUGGAAAAUGGCAAGAUUAAUACCUCUCUACAAAAACGGCCAUCGAAAUAUUCCUGGCAAUUAUAGCCCCAUUUCAUUUCUAUCAACUAUAAGCAAAAUAAUGGAGCGAAUUUUAUACAAUCAACUUUAUGAUCAUUUAACUGAAUUUACACUACUCAGUGAUAAUCAAUUUGGUUUCCAAAAAUCUAAUUCUACAGCAACAGCUCUUUUAGAUUGUACAAACGAGUGGUAUGUGAAUAUAGAUAAGAAAAUGUUUAACCUCGUAGUUUUUAUAGACCUAAAAAAAGCAUUUGAUACUGUCAACCAUGACAUUUUACUGAAAAAGCUGGAAUUUUAUGGAAUAUCAGGUCAAGCCCAUGACUUAUUAAAAUCAUAUCUUUCAAACCGACACCAAAAGUGUCAAAUAGACAAUUUUAUUUCAACAGAACAUUUGACUAAAUGUGGUGUACCACAAGGUUCUAUUUUGGGGCCAUUACUGUUCUUGUUGUAUAUCAACGACUUACCCGAGUGUCUAAAAAAAGACCUCGGUUAUUCGCUGAUGACACAAACAUCACAGCCACUAGUCCCACCAUAGCUGAUAUUGAGACUGCAGCAAAUUCUGAUCUGGAAAACCUCAAAAACUGGUUAAUAGCCAACCAACUUAGCUUGAAUGUAGCUAAAACUGAAUUUAUGUUGAUUGGGUCUCCACAAAUGAUAAGGAAUGCCUCUAAUGCUCAACCAAAUAUCCUAAUUGAAAACAAACAAAUCCAACAAGUAAACAAAGCCAAAACUCUAGGAAUAAUUAUUGAUCAGCAUUUAUCUUGGAAACCCAAUACUGCAAAUAUUUGCAAAAAAAUAACAUCAGGAAUCUCAGCUCUACGUCAUGUCAACCAUUUAUUGCUGAAAGAGAUACGCUCACCUCCAUAUACAAUGCCAUCGUACGUCCCUACUUCGACUAUUGUUCAGAAGUUUGGGAUGUAUUGGGUGAAAUACAAUCAAAACGACUACAAAUGCUCCAAAACAGAGCUAGGACAAGGUUUUUCACUCUGAGGACAAGGUUUCUUAAUCUGAGGACCAGGUUCCUCCCACUGAGGAAAAGGUUCUUCACCCUGAGAAGUGAGGACAAGGUUACUCACCCUGAGGACAAGAUUCCUCACUCUGAGGACAUGGUUUCUCACUUUGAGGACAAGUUCUUCAUUCUGAGGACAAGGUUCUUCACCCUGGGGACAAGGUUCUUCUCUCUGAGGACAAGGUUCUUUAAUCUGAGGACGAGGUUCUUCUCUCUGAGGACGAGGUUCUUCUCUCUGAGGACAAGGUUCCUCACACUGAGGACAAGGUUGCUCACUUUGAGGACAAGGUUCCUCUCUCCGUGGACUGGGUUUCUCACCCUGAGGUGAACGUUCUUCACUGUGAGGACAAUGUUCCUCACACUGAGGACAAGGUUCUUCACUCUGAGGACAAGGUUCCUCACACGGAGGACAAGGUUCCUCACUCUGAGGAGAUGGUUUCUCACACUGAGGACAAGGUACCUCACACGGAGGACAAGGUUGCUCAGUCUCAGGACAAGGUUUGUCAUUCUGAGAACAAGGUAACUCAUUUUGAGGACAAGGUUCUUCAUUCUGAAAAGAAGGUUCUUUACACUGAGGACAAGUUUCUUCACUCUGAGGACAAGGUUCUUCGCUCUGAGGACAAAGUUCUUCACUCUGAAGACAUGGUUUUUCACUCUGAGGACAAGGUUCUUCACUCUGAGGACAAGGUUCCUCACCCUGUGGGGAAGAUUUUUCACUCUGAGGACAGGGUUUCUCACUCUGAGGACAAGGUUCCUCCCACUGAGGACAAGGUUCUUCACCCUGAGGACAAGGUUCCUCACUCUGAGGACAAAAUUCCUCACUCUCAAGACAUGGUUUCUCACUUUGAGGACAAGGUUCUUCAUUCUGAGGGCAAGGUUCUUCACCCUGGGGACAAGAUUCUUCUCUCUGAGGACAAGGUUCUUUAA